AUGACCACUCGCGCCGCCACCAACGCAGCUGCAGCCGCUGCUCAAAUCUUAGCUGCAGCAACCCUCUCUUCUCCACCAAUCACUCCUGAUGACAAGCAAGACCUCAACAAAAAUGUCGCCACCGGAUCCCCCACCAAAACUCGAAAGCGUGUCCCACCCCAGAAGAAGGCAAAGCUGACCGAGCCAGUUAUGGGUGGUUGGGACGUCUUGCCUCAUGGAAUGGGCAAAAAAGGUGACCUCUUGGACGACAAUUUCGGUAAUACUGGCACGGAGACCACUACCACUGUUCCCAAGAGAGCUACACGAGCCAGAGCUACCAGGGCUGCUGUUAAAACUGCUACUGUUAAAGACGAGGAUGAGGAAAAGCCAGAUGUAGCUGAUCUUGCUGAUCCAUUUACCACCAAUCUUGUGGAGGCCAUCAAAGAAGAAAUCAAAGAAGAGAAGCCUAAGAAGAAAUCACCACGUAAGAAGGCUGUCGCCACAUCCACCGAUCUUACGGAAUCCCCCAGUAAGCCUGUCAAGACAAAGAAGGAUAGAUAUGGCCUCGUUCCAGGUCAAUCACCUUUCCCCGAUCAUGUCUCGCCCACUACCGAAGAAGCCGAGAUGGUGAACAGCCUGCUAGCUGCUCAACAUGGUGAUGUAAAGACACCAGAGACAGUUCCAGCUCCAUCCGAGACUGUCACCGGAUGUGGAGAGGUUCCAGAUGCUCUCGACGCAACUAUGAGAACCCUCCUCAGCGCCGCAACCACCGCUGGCAACGCCAACAAAUCAAUGGCAGGCUUGAAGAAGAGAUUUGGUCUGAGAACAUCUGGCAAGGGUACAGGUAGUGUGUCAUGGGAGGCUGUACAUGCUGCGACAGAAGAAGACGUCGUUGAGGCCAUUAGGUCAGGCGGCCUUGCCAACGUCAAAGGUAAAUACAUCAAGGCAAUUCUUAAGAAAGUCUUCGAUCAAAACGCCGAGCUUCUAGAGAGUUUAUUGAAGGAAGCUGAUACCGAUGUUUCUGUCCCAUUCAUUGGAAAGAUCUUGGAAACCAAGGAGCAAAAGGAGGCUGAGAUCAAGAGCUUGGGAGAAAACAUGCUCUCGAUCGACCAUAUUCACGCAUUGGACAAACCACGUGCGAUGCAGGUGUUGACAGAUUUGCCCGGUAUUGGUGUCAAGACCGCAGCAUGUGUCAUCUUGUUUUGCAUGGGAAAACCCAGCUUUGCAGUUGAUACUCACGUUUGGCGCCAUUGCAAGUGGCUCGGCUGGGUCCCAACGGGAGCAAGUCGGGACCAAACUUUCAGUCAUUGCGAAGUUCGAAUUCCAGAUCAUCUCAAGUACUCACUUCAUCAAUUGUUUCUCCGACAUGGGAAGACUUGUGCGCGCUGCAGAGCCAACACAUCCGAGGGCUCUGAGAAAUGGGAGAGCACUGUUUGUCCGAUUGAGCAUUUGGUUAACAGAACUGGAGAUAAGAAGCAACCAGGCUACAAGGCUAGCAGGAAGGUGGUUGUCAAGAAGGGUAUAAAGAAGCUUGCGAAUGGUUCGAAGAAGAGGAAGAGAGAAGCCGAGGAUAGUGAGGAGGAAUCAGAGAUGGAUUUGGAUGUGGACAAUGAGAUGGAAGGAGACGAUGAAUCGGAGGAAGACACCGGACUGUCCCCAGACAAUGAUCCUCCAUCUAAUAUCCACACCGACUCAGAAGACUUCUCGCCAUGA